AUGCCUGGGUAUAUCAAUGCAUCGAGCAGCAGCUUUCCCACCUGCAACACAACAGUCGUAGGAUAUGCAAAGACGCAUAUUUACAUGGAGUGUGAUCAUACGAAUGGCAUUUUGAGCAGGGAGUGGUUUGAACCUCCACUCAUAAAGGAUUGGAUGCUCCUCAACGGAGUAGCAGACCUGGGCUUGAAUAGUUUGCACAGGGACACCAUCUUCCUCGGCAGUCAAAGUCAAGAAGUACACCCCGGGCCUGGUCAGGACCAUGACAGCCCUCUCGACUUUCACAAGCUUAUAUCUGUGACCCUGUUGUAA